UAGUAUAGACAGUAUAGACUAUGGCUAUACUGUUAGGUGUUAGAGCACCUUGCAGCUGACAAAAAUAAUUUGACAUUUGUGUGAGGUGCUCUUGAGGUGUCACCCUAAUUAAUCGGAAUAGACUUGGCAACAGCCUUAGCAAUCUGGACGAAGCAGGACGAAUAUUCCAGCUGUCACUUCGGCUAUUGGAUUUAUUGGAUGGAGAUUAUAUUCAGUUACUAUCACGUUAAAGACAGGCCAUCAUACCUUAUCGUAUGACAAAUAAACAGUCUAUAACUGCCAAUCGUUCCCAUUUAUGUCGUGUGCAUAGAAAAUUGAUUUGCUUCUCAUAUGUAAGUAACUGCUCAAGUAAUCGCAAAUUGCAUUUAAAAAAAAAAAGUAAUGCCUGGAAACAAUAACGCAAUCGCUACACUGUCUAAUUAGGUGCUUCAUGCGAAGCGGACAAUUUAUUUCAUUUGGCUAGUAUACUAACGGUACCUCUGAGCAAGAUGAAUCCGAGAGAAUCUGCUGCUUUCAUUGCUUCUGUGUCAAAGGACGUUGAAAUCAAUCCAGAUGGCAUUAGAAAAAUUGCAUCAGAGAUUUCACGAGCAAUCGCUUCACGUGAGUUCGAACCAAGCAAUAUGAUGAUCCAUUCCUAUCCACUGCCUGUUACUGAAGAUGUUUCAAGUAUUGAAUGGUUAUUUGUAGCUGAUGCUCUAAAUUUUUCAUUUUGGGCUUUAGAAGAAAAUGUACACUAUUCUGUUGAGCUCCACGAAAAACAGUAUACUGGUUAUAUGGCUUUAUGCGCUGCGAUUACUAAAGCACUGGAGGCUGACAUUCCAAUAACAUCGUCACAAUAUUAUGCCACUAUAACAAAAGAAGAAGUGGAUAAAAUAUUUAUUUCUAGCACCGGCGAGUCUAUUCCACUUUUAGAAGAGAGAUGGAGAAUUUUGCAAGAAUGUGGGAAAAUCCUAAAUGAGAAAUUUGAUGGGAAAUUUUAUAAUUGCAUCAAGCAAUCGGCAAACAGUGCCACAAAGCUUUUAAAUUUAAUUAUUUCAAACUUCCCAUCAUUUCGAGAUGAAGGGGUCAUUGAAGGAAAAAAGGUUUCCUUUUACAAGCGAGCACAAAUUCUUGUUGCCGACAUUUGGAGUAUAUUCAAAGGGAAGGGAUUCGGAAAUUUUACUGAUGUAGAUUCCAUCACCAUGUUUGCAGAUUACAGGGUCCCUCAGUCGCUGGUUCAUUUUGGGGCAAUGGCUUAUUCCGAUAGACUUCAUGGAUUGUUAUUGGCUAAUCAUAUGUUUUUAAAUGGAGAUCGGGAAGAAAUGGAAAUCCGUGGGUGCUCGAUUCACUCGGUGGAAUUAAUAAAGGAAGAAUUAAAAUCACAUCAGGUUAAUACAACGACAAAUUCUUUACCAAUGAACAGUGCCAUGAUUGAUUAUUUCUUGUGGGAAUACCGGAGGCGUUUUGCUCAAACUCUUGCCAAAGUUCCCUACCACAAGGUCCGUUGCAUAUAUUAUUAAUCAAAAUUUUAUAUGUUGAAACAUGUUACUUGAUAAGGAAACGAAAGUGAAUGGAAAUUGCGAUUUGCGAAGGAAAUUGAGGAACAGAAUCAUAAAUAAAUGUCUUGAAUCGAAAUUCUUUAAAAUUGUUUAAUUUAUUGAAAGAAAAAGCCGGAGCAGGACGCAAGUCCGUGCGUGCGUGUCCGUGCGUUAGAAUCGCCUUGCGAUUCCGAGCAGAAUAGACCUAGUCCGGAUUUUUAGAGUCCUUUUCCGGAUUACGAUCCCAAAACGACCUCCGGAAAAAAGGGGGUAUUUCGGUGCGGUUGAGUGGGAGAUUGCUUGUUAAAACCAGCUUGAAUUUCCCCCUUAAUAUAUUUCCUAACUGUAAGCUAAUUCCAGUAUGGAAGUUUUAAUCUAGGGUUUCGCUCCACUUUUUUUAAAGCAGAUACCAGCUUUUAUUUUCCAAGUUAGGGCGUUUUCUUAUCUUGCUUGAAAAAUCUAACGUUAAAAUCAGCUCGAAUUCCCCCCCUUAAUAUAUUUCCUAACUGUUUCAGGUAAUUCUAGUAUAGACCUCUGCUUGCACCGUGCGGAUAGCAGGAUUCUUGUAGUCCGACAACGCUGCAAUCCGCCAUAUUAAUAAAACCACACCCUUUUUUUACAUGGGCUCUUAUGGAAGUAUUUUUUCAAAGGGUUUUUUCUCUGAGCUGGAUAACAACUUCGACCAAAGAAAAAUAUAGAAAAAUACUACAUCAUUCAGGGCAUAUGGGCAUUGUUUACAUAUGUAGGACCCAAACAUAUUGUCAUGUGUGACGAGGUAUUGGUGGAAAAUGCUUUAAUCCAUCUAUUCGACCUCUCAAGAAGAACUGAUGGUGUUUUUUAAAGCAUUCUUCUGUGGCAUUCCUUGUCGGAUAUGUAUCGGUUGGAUAGUUUAUUCAUACAUAGAUUUUUUUGUGUUUCAAAUGAUUUGUAUUUGUAAGCAUUAUUAUUCAAAAAUAGAGAAUAUGGAUGCAUACUAAAUAAACAAUUAGGAUGCUUCA